CUUUUGAAGACACGGAUCCAGCACCGGCUGAGGUACAUCCUGGAGGUGGUACGACCUGUUCCAACAGUAGUCCUGGAUAUACUGCACAUCCUCACCCACAUAGCAAGGCACUCCUCUGAAGCAUGCAGCCAGCUGCUUGACUGUCCUCGGUUGAUCGAGACCAUUGUCAGGGAAUUUCUCCCUACUCAGUGGGAUCCCCAAGUGGCUGAACCAGGGUGUUUACUCACCAGCCUCCAUGGAGUUCCUUGCUCCACUGCUAUGAAGUUCAUCAGAGUGUUGGCAUCUGGAGGUCGAAAUGCAACAGCCAGGCUGCUUAACAAAUUUGAAAUGAAAAGUCGGUUAAGUCGAUUUAUAGCUGAAGACCCGCUGGAUCUGCUCCUGCCAAGGGAAGAAGCCAUCAGGCUAAGCACCGAAGCCUUCCGGCUGUGGGCUGUGGCUGCUGGCUAUGGUCAGGCCUGUGAUCUCUACAGAGAUCUCUACCCUGUGCUGGUGAGGAUACUGCAGUCCCUACCUGAAUUGCUCAGCACUUGUUGUGGGAAGAGCCCUAUGACUGAGUUGUCUGUCCAGCGAGCUACAGCAGUAGUUACUCUGCUGAUACACGUGACGCAAACAGCAGGCUACACAGCAGAGCUGCAGGCCAAGCUAAGCAGUAAUAGCUCAGAAGACACUGAACAGGUUCCACCUCCUCCAGUAGCGUGGAAUCAAGUGUCAGGCUUACAACCCUUCAUUGAGACCAGUCUGAAGAAAUUCCUCCAGGAGAUAUCCCAGACAGAAACUUGGCAAACUCUGCAGCCUCUGACCACAACUUAUGUGAUCUACCUGGGAGUUUAUUACAGUGCUUGCAGCCAACAGCCAUCAGUCAAUCCAAUUGACUGCUUAGAGGAACUGGAACGUUUGACAUCUGAGGUGCUGCAACCCCUUCUCAGCCAGCCAGCCAUACACAGCAUGUGGGACCUGCUCAGGCCAUGUUCUGCUUUGUGCAACCCUCUGUCCUGUUCCCCAGCACCAGAAUUGGUCUUCAGCAUUGCGUCUCUGAGUUGCGUGGGAGGCAAACCUCCUUUGAGUCUCGUUGGCUCCAAGUCACCUUUCCCCUUCCUCACUGCCCUCCUGUUUCUCAUCAAUAACAUCACUGACAUUCACAAAGGCCUGACCAGCAAGUACAGCUCUGUGCUGGGCUUCAGAGGCUUGAGGGAUUAUCUGCAUCAAAGCUGGCAGACCGGACCUCCCUCUGUAACUCCCUCAUCUGCGUGGAUCCUGCGCCAUGAAUAUCACCUGCAGUACUUUGUGUUAGCGUUGGCUCGGAGAAUGGCAGGCACUUGUCCGGAUUACACCCAGCAUGCCUCACUCCAUCACUGUGUUGCCAUGGCAUUGCUGAGCCGUCUGUUGCCAGGGAGUGAGCAUCUGGCUUACCAAGUCCUACUGGAUCUUGCCUUUAAUCCCGAGUUUCUUCCUGAAGGGAAAGCUGGAGGGCCAGAAGCAGCUGACUUCUCCGAUAUCCUGCAUCUGGGUUCCAGUGCCAAACUGGCACAGCCUGGCUCUGCGGCAGCAUUUUUUUCAAAGGCUACUCGUGGUGCUCUGCUGAGAGAAUCCUACCAGAAUCUGCCUUUCAUCCGCUCCUGCUACCUUUCUCAUUUUGUCCACUUGCAGCCUACCCUUAUGCGUUCCGAAGCAUCCUACCAAGGACGGAAUUACCUCAUCCAAUCAAUGCUGCUUCCUGAGGUCAGAGGGCCCAUCCUGCCUUCAGACUGGCCAUUCUUUCCACUUAUCAGCCUCUACAACAAAGUGACUAAUGCAGAGACACGUGGGGCUGUACUGAACUCUCUCCCACUUGAUCUCGUCAACACUGUGACCUGGAACCUACAGUGGGUCUUGUUGCUGGAAAGCUGGCGUGCUAAAACCCUUCAGAGCAUCCCUACUGCUGCCAAACUUGCACGGCUGAUGUGUGUCUUCCUCACAGGUGGUGACCUCUUUCUAGAAGCACCAAUCCACCGCUACACAGCUGCCCUUCUCUCUGUGUAUUGCCAACCCAAGGCAUUGGACUCCCUAAACUUGGAUGCUCCUCUCCCUGGUUUGGCAUCCUUCCACGAUCUCUAUAUAAGUCUCCUGGAACAGUUUGAAGGUGUCUCCUUUGGAGAUCCACUCUUUGGAGUCUUUGUUCUUCUACCUCUACAGAAGCGUUUCAGCGUUCAUUUGCGUCUCGCUGUUUUUGGGGAGCACACGAGUAUCCUGCGGGCACUGGGAGUGCCGCUCCAGCAGUUCCCUGUGCCUCUCGAGCGAUACACUUCCCCUCCUGAGGACAACCUGAACCUCCUGCGUCUCUACUUCCGAAGCCUGGUCACUGGGGCACUGCGCCAUACCUGGUGUCCUGUGCUGUACGUGGUGGCUCUGGCUCAUGUCAACAGCUUUAUUUUCUCCCAGGACAGCACGACACAGGAGACUGAUGCUGCUCGGAAAAGUAUGCUGCGGAAGACGUGGCUGUUGGUGGAUGAGACCUUGAAAAAGCACCUACUCUACUACAGACUGCUGAACACAGAGAGCCCUUUGGGAUUUGACCUCUAUGACCAGCUCCCUCCCAUGCGACUGAAGUACCUGCAGAUGGUGACACAGAAAGAAAAUAAGGAGAAUGCACCAGCACUAGUCUCAUAGCAAAACACUAGUGCAGGAAGAGGGCCAAGAGGAAGAAUGGAAGAGCUCAGUUUCUGCUUCACUGAUGAAACUAUGUGCGCUUCAGAUAGUUUCAGUGUCUUACUUGGACACUCUUCUCAUCUUCACAAAGUGAAGCACUAGUAAAAUGCUACCAGCUCUGUAGAACAAUACACAUUUUCUCAAGAUAUGGCAAUAUGUGUGUGUGGCCUCUCCACGAAGAAUGCUGGAGCAUAUUCCUUCAUUCUCUUUCAGGUUGUUCUGCUUCU